CGUCAGAGGAGCUGACUGGCCAUGUGACGUGUGUUUGGGAGCUACGUCAUCAGCGUGCGCAUAGCUAGCUGCGCAGUUUGUAAUUCUGUGUCGCGGACUAAAGUUAGACCCGGACCCGGAGCGUCCCGCACCGACCAGGACCGACCAGAACCAGGACCCGCACCGAGCCGCCAGGAUUCGGAACAGACCGGGUCCGGUUCUACAGGCCUAGCUUUAGCUUUAGCAGCAGGGUUAGGGUUAGCUUCAGCUGUUAGCUUUAGCUGCUCGCUGUUAGCUCUGUUAGCUGUUAGCGGGAGCGCUCGGUUUGGAGCUGCUGAUGGAUCUUCCCGGCGGAGCAGCGGGGGGGGCGGUGCUCACAGGAAGCAACGUCCCGGCCUUCCUCACCAAGCUGUGGACUCUGGUAGAAGACCCGGAAACAGACCCGCUCAUCUGCUGGAGCCCGAGUGGAACCAGCUUUCACGUGUUUGAUCAGGCUCGGUUCUCCAAAGAAGUUCUACCAAAGUUCUUCAAACACAACAACAUGGCAAGUUUCAUCCGGCAGCUGAAUAUGUAUGGGUUCCGUAAGGUGGUCCACAUAGAACAGGGGGGUUUGGUGAAACCAGAGAGAGACGACACAGAGUUCCAACAUCCGUUCUUCAUCAGAGGACAAGAACACCUGCUGGAGAACAUCAAGCGCAAAGUUACCACCGUGUCGGCGGUGCGGCAGGAGGAAGUAAAGAUCUCUGCGGACGACAUGAACAAGAUCCUGACGGACGUGCAGCUCAUGAAGGGAAAACAGGAAACCAUCGACUCCAGAAUCAUGGCCAUGAAACAUGAGAACGAGGCUCUGUGGAGAGAGGUGGCCAGCCUGAGACAGAAACACGCUCAGCAGCAGAAGGUCGUCAACAAGCUGAUCCAGUUCCUGGUUUCUCUCGUCCAGUCCAACAGGAUCAUGGGAGUCAAGAGAAAACUGCCUCUGAUGCUGAAUGACUCAAGCUCCGCCCACUCCAUGCCCAAAUACAGCCGGCCCUUCUCAUUGGAGCACAUGCAGGCUGCAGCCAGUCUGUUCUCAGCAGACUCACCUGUCACCUCUGGACCAAUCAUCUCUGACAUCACAGAGGUGGCCACGCCCCCAGAGGAGGGAGCGGUCUGUGAUUGGACCGAUGCGAGAGCCAGCCAAUCACACGUGAAGGAGGAGCCAUCCAGUCCUGAUGUGGAGGUGUGUUCUGUCCAGGAGGGCGGAGCUACACAUGUGGACACGCCCCUUUCUGUCCAGGAGGGCGGGGCUACACCUGUGGACACGCCCCUUUCCCCCACCACCUUCAUCAACUCCAUUCUGCAGGAGAACGACACGCAGCCGAUACCAGUCAGUCCGGUUGUCAUGGUGAGCCAGACCUCCACUGGGCCCCUCCCUACUGCUGCAACCAGCCAAUCAGCUUCCUCCUUUCCUUCCCUGAAUACUGCCAGCAGCCCCGCCGCUCCGUGUCAGACCGUCGCCUGCAUCGACAAGGGUGAACUGUCAGAUCAUGUUGAGAUUAUUGACAACAGUCUUGAAAACCUUCAAAACGUCUUGAGCUUUGACACAUCCCCACUGUUUGAGUUUUUCAGCUCCUGUCCGUCUGCGGACUUCGACCUCGACAGUUUGGACACUCUGCUGUCUGAAGAAGCUCCAAAAGGAAGUGAUGAAAGCAACACAGGGAAGCAGCUGGUGCAGUACACACCUGUACAGUCUGAACCAAUCAGUGGGGCCGACCUGUCUCUGGAGGCGGAGCCUUUCUUAAUCUCCGAUCAGGCCAAUGAGGACGCAGCUGCCCUGCUGAGACACGCCCACCUCGAUGCUGACCUCUGACAUCAUCAGGAGGGGCGGAGACCGGGGAUAGUGUUAAAUGUGACUCACUGUAACCAUAGCAACAGGACAGUCUGAGCGCCUCACUGUAACCAUAGCAACAGCAGUAGGUGAUCAGCUGUAGAUCAAUCAGUAGGUCAAAGGUCGCGUCUUUAUUAACCUUCAUAUACUUGUUUCUUUUCUUCUUUUUAUUUUAUUAUAGCGUUUGCUUCUUCUUCUUCUUCUUUGCUUUAAUUUAACCUUUUAUUUGAUGCUCCUGUGAUGUCACACCCGUGAUGUCACAUCUGUGAUGUCACACAUGUGAUGUCACACAUGUGAUGUCACAUCUGGGCGUGUUGUGUGUUCUGCAUGUUCCUGUUAGUGAGGAUGAUGAUGAUGAUGAUGAUGAAGAUGACUCAGCAGUGUUCUGGGACUCGUUGAUAUUAUUGAUCAUGUGACGAGUCGUCAUGUGAUCAGACGAGCCGUCGUCAUGUGAUCAGCUGGUCGUCAUGUGAUCAGUUGACUGAU